AUGCCCCUAGCGGGACUCGAACCCGCGAUAUUGGCAGAGCAUAUAAGGUCACUACAAACUGAGCCAAAUGUCUGCACGGGCAAGUUGAGCGUCUCUCCACAUGCCGACAACACUCUGCAGUCAGCAGAAAGAUGUCCUAAUAUGGGUUGGUCAUGCGUGGUGGCACGCGCCGUGGCUCUUCUCCUUAUGCUCAGCAGAGCAUCAGCGCUUACGUCCGACAUUUUUGCGGCGGGCAAGUCGGACAAAGAGAUUCUGGACAAUCUUCUGAAAAAUUCCCGCUAUGACAAAAGACUGCUUCCACCAGUAGAUGGUGUCCUCACCGUAAAUGUUAGCGUGCUACUUCUUAGUUUAGCAUCUCCAGAUGAAUCUAGUCUUAAAUACGAAGUUGAAUUUCUCCUGCAGCAGCAGUGGUAUGAUCCUCGACUUCGAUAUUCUAAUCAGUCGCAUUACGAAUAUCUUAACGCCAUCCAUCACCACGAGGACAUUUGGUUGCCCGACACGUAUUUCAUAAUGCAUGGAGAUUUCAAAGAUCCGAUAAUCCCCAUGCAUUUUGCGUUACGCAUAUACCGGAAUGGCACAAUCAACUAUUUAAUGCGGCGUCAUCUCAUUCUGUCCUGUCAGGGACGGCUCAACAUCUUCCCCUUUGAUGACCCAUUGUGUUCAUUUGCGUUAGAGAGUAUAUCUUACGAGCAAUCAGCCAUAACCUACGUGUGGAAGAACGAUGAAGAUACAUUGAGAAAGUCACCAUCACUGACAACACUGAAUGCCUACCUCAUACAGAAUCAAACUAUUCCGUGUCCCAUCAAAGCGAGCUGGAGAGCUGAUGGUAUUUCACUUUACGAGGACGAUGAAGAGCUGACAUGUAAUCUUUGCCAGAGACGCUUUGAGGAGCAAGGUAACUACAGCUGUCUAAAGGUGGACCUUAUUUUUACAAGAGACCGAGCAUUCUACUUUACCACAGUAUUUAUCCCUGGCAUAAUCCUGGUGACCUCUUCUUUCAUCACAUUUUGGCUGGAAUGGAACGCAGUUCCAGCCCGUUCUAUGAUAGGUAAUUACAGCUGCCUCAAAGUGGAUCUCAUCUUCACGCGAGAUAGAUCAUUUUACUUCACAACCGUUUUCAUUCCGGGGAUCAUUUUGGUGACAUCGUCUUUUAUUACUUUUUGGCUGGAAUGGAAUGCAGUGCCUGCUAGAGUUAUGAUAGGUGUAACGACUAUGUUGAAUUUCUUCACAACAUCCAACGGAUUCCGUUCAACUUUGCCCGUGGUAUCGAACUUAACAGCUAUGAACGUUUGGGACGGGGUGUGCAUGUGUUUCAUCUACGCGUCGCUACUAGAGUUUGUGUGCGUGAACUACGUGGGACGCAAGCGGCCUCUACACAACGUGGUCUACCGACCGGGAGAAAACCCGGUUACACAGCGACUGCCUGCAGUUCUCAGCAGAAUUGGCAUUAUACUGGCCAGCCCUUUGGAGGCGAUGGCAUUCCUCAAUUGGGCAAAAUCAGAAACGCCCCAGCCGGAGUCUAGCGGUGCUGGAGAUAAAAAACGAGAGUCAACAGGAGCAGCUGACCUGGUGACGUGUACGACGUGCACAGGAGCGCCAGGAUCGUGCACGCAUACGGCAAAUAAUGGUGGUGUUUCAGAGCCAUGUUUCGUCCAGGUCCGUAAAAAGGAGCCACCUCACCCGAUCCGAGUCGCGAAGACGAUCGACGUGAUCGCUCGCAUCACGUUUCCCACUGCCUACGCCGUGUUUCUUAUCUUCUUCUUCAUACACUACAAGGCCUUUUCU